UUACAAAUCUUAUCAGAUCUUGGCCAGCAUCAGCAGCGCUCCCUCUAAAAUCUCAAUCGUCACUGCCCAAGAACAGAAAAAAAGAAAGAAAGAAAAAGCAAUGCCCAGCUCAACUCACCUUAUCUGCAUCUGCCUCCUCAUCUCUGCCCUUGCAGCCAUCUCUCCAACCACCGCAACUGACCACAUCGUUGGUGCCAACAAAGGCUGGAACCCUGGCAUCAAUUAUACUCUCUGGGCUAACAACCAUACCUUCUAUGUUGGUGACCUUAUAUCUUUUAGGUACCCGAAGACACAGUACAAUGUGUUUGAGGUGAACCAGACUGGGUAUGAUAACUGCACUACAGAGGGGGCAGUAGGGAACUGGAGUAGUGGCAAGGAUUUCAUACCACUUAACAAGGCCGAGAGGUAUUUCUUCAUAUGCGGCAACGGUCAGUGCUUCAAUGGCAUGAAAGUCUCUGUUCUUGUCCACCCUCUGCCUUCACCUCCACAAGCCGGCCUCUUCGCCAAUGAUUCUGGCUCCGCUCUUCCGCCAGUUGCCUUAAAUAGAGGCUUGGUUGGUGUUUUGGCUGUGGCAGUCGCUUCUAUUUUGUUUGGAUCUGGUUGAAUCUAGUAAUGCUCUAGUUUGAUUCCCAGCUGAGAGAUUUUUUUUUGUCCAAUUCCCUUUUUUUUGUGAGUCAGUGAGUAUACAAAACUCAUUACUAUUGAA